CAAGAAGGCUGUCGGAUGCAAGUGGCUGUUCAAGACCAAGCGGGACGAGAAAGGAAACGUGGUACGGCACAAGGCGAGAAUCGUUCCGGCGCGAUGUUCGCUGAGAUCAGGAAAAGGAAAACCGAUCCCGACGUGGUGCCAAUCCCUUCGAAGCAGUUCCUCUCGGAAGAGGUGAUGGCCUCCCAUUUGAACAGCCUGCAUUUAUCGUCAGAAUAUACAUCGCACAACAUCGAAACCGAGAGCGGCGAAGACUUACCGUCGGCCAGUGACGGAUUUUCACCAUCCUCUUCGCUAGAUGAUGAAAUGUCCCUCGGAGAAGCACCUGGAUCUCCCCUGCCCGGAAGCCACCAUGUGUAUAUGUCUCCACAGGAGCUCGAGGAUCGUCUCAAAAAAGCGCAGCGUAUUUCGCUUUGCGAGGAAGUUCGCAAGCUGGACAGUCGAACGGAAAUUUUGCCCAAAGUCCUGCUAGAACGCAUCGAAAAGCCAUGCACAGCGCUGGUUAUAUGGCAACCACCACAGCCGCUGGAGAAAUUAAUCUCAAAGUCAUGUUCAACGCUAAAGGAAAAAGAGCAGCAUGAGGACGAGCAGCGGUCUAUCGAGGAGGCUAUGGGUGAGGACGAGCCAUUGCCCGAUCUGCCAGAUUAUGAUGAUGAUCUCGAUUUUGAGGAGAAUAACAACAAUGUUGCCACGCUGGGGGACUUGAACAGAAUGGAUGUUGAAAUGUAGUACUUAGGAGACGAUUUUUCGAAUCGGGGCCAGGGAAAAUCAUUAUUGAGUAUGUGAGUUGAUGUUUGGACGUUGUGAUUGUGGUUCAUCGAUCAGAAUUUUAACACAGAGCGAGUUGUUUUUCCACUUAGGUUCAUAGAAACUAAAUGUAUAAGCGCGAUAGUACGAUUUAAGGAUAAUUGGCAAAAAAAACUUCGUUGAUAUUUUAAGGUGCGUAUCAAUAAAUACUUUCGA